AUGAGAAAGUUACAACUAAGCAAUCAAAAACAGAAUACAAAGCAAGAAAGCGCAAUUUAAAUCAAAUAAAUAAAAAUAAGCUGGAUAAUAGAUGCAACUUAAUAUACACAAUAAAAUGAAUUUGAAAAAUAAGAAUCUGAUGUGAAGGAAAUUAAUUAAUAAGAUAAAACUACUUUAUUGGCAUCAAAAUUUGGGUUGUGCCAUUGUCCAGGGAAGAAAUUAGCUAAAGGUAGAGAUGGGAAAGUACAUGACAGAGAUUUAAGGGUAGAUGUAGAAUAAUUUUCUUCAUAAGAUAAUGUAAAAACAAUAAUUUGUCUUUUAAAUGACUAUGAAUUGAGAUCAAUAGGCGUUGAUGUAAAGCAAUACCAAAAAAUAUGCUAAGAAAAAGGAAUAACUUUUAUAUAAUAUCCAAUAAUAGAAAUGAGCGUUCCAGAAUGUAAAAGUAUGGACCAAUUUGAUUAAGAGGUGAUUUAAUUUAUAAUAAAUGAGAUGAAAUAAAAUAAAAAUGUAUUGUGCCAUUGCAGAGGUGGCAUUGGUAGGGCUGGAUUGAUCGCUUCUUGUUUAUUACUAAGAUUUAAAAUUAAAAAUAAAUGGUCUGAUGCGAUACAAUUAGUUAGAUCUAUUCGUGAUUAAAGAUGUGUAGAAAGUAAAAAAUAAGAAACCUUUGUAUAAUAAUAUUAGAAUUAUCUUUAAUAAAAAUAAUUGUGA